GCGUCGCCAGCGCGCAAUCCCCGCCGCCGCCGCCAUGUCGCCGCUCGCCCGCUUGCUGCUCGCGCUCGCCGCGCUCUUCGUCGCCGUUGACACAAGUGUCUGGGAUCCUUACGGACACGAACAGGGCUGUGCUGGAUUUAACAUGGCGGUUAUUGUUGCUGUCGAGCCCCAGCAGCAAGUAAAAUUUGACAUAACAGUCCCUACAAAUGAAAACGUACACAAUAUACCCGACAAUUGCUCCAAAAUCGGUGGCGUAGUUCAGUUCCAGAAAGUGGAAGUAUGCAACGCUUACAGAGGUCUGACGUCAUCACCAAGAAAAGCACCUAAAGUCAAUUAUAUGGGAGAAAAUACCUUAUCACCAAUAUAUGCGUCUUGCGAAGGCGCUGCCGAGUGCGGGCCUCUUGUGAUCCAUGUUAACCAGGCAUGCAACCCCAGGCCUCUUAUUGCACACCUUUGAACAUACCAGUCACCCACAGACUACCUCAACUAUGCUAGACGGAGCACAUAAAAUAAUUGAGGUCACCACACAUAAGCGUUUCCGUAAAAUAUUAGUAUGGGAGAGCGAGCGCUUAUAUCCGUUAUCCAAAUAGUAAAUUGCGGAGAUCUUUAUCUUUUACUCUUACUAAGAUGUAAUUAGAGUGACAGGGAAAAAUACCCGCAAUUGACGAACUUCGAUUUUCGCGGUUAUAGCCCAGUAGGGCUAAACGGUCGGCUCUUUAUCAUUUGUCACCAUGCCUGUCACGUUCUAACAAGUAUGUAAGUGCGAAAGUGACAGGCAUAGUGCCUGCCUCUGCUGGUCUCGUGUUAAUUGAAAACAUUUGCAAGCUUUGGAGGUGUAUUUGCGCUGCUAUACUAUAAAAUGGCGUAGAAUAUAAUUCAAUUAUACUGCUCUUAUUUUAGCAUUUUACUAGUAAAUUUGUACUUAUGUGUGGUGACCAUUUUAAACGCUUUAUUAUGCGGUGUCUGUGUACUAAUCAUAUUGAUUUGGAGUUGAAAACUGUUUUUUGUGAAAGAUUUUCAUGUUUUUUGAAAAUAAAUAAUGAAUCAAUAAGUUAUGAAACGGAA